CAUGUGCAGACAACAUAGAGAGGUUAACACGCUCACAGCCAUGAGAAUUGUGGGUUUCUUUUUUCUGCUCCUCCUCACAGGUGGAAAUGCCUCCAGUUUAGAGCUACAAGAUUAUGAUGGAAAUGCCUCCAGUUCUGAGCUACAAGAAAUUGGAAUGCCACUUGAUAACUUUCCAACCAUAGAGAAGCCUGAAGAUAUUCUGAUCUUUGAACGAAUGCGAAAUAGACAAAUGGACAUCGAUGAAAGUUGCAGUUCUCAGGCUGUUGUAAACUACCUGAACCUAACCCAAGACAGUCAUAAAUACACUCUGAGCCGGCCUGUUAAACGCCACAAUCAUCUUACAUGGAUAUUUGUUGAAAUGAAAAUUUUUGCCAUCCUAGAUGUGAGAGAAACUGAUCAGACCUUCAUUUCUUACAUUUGGGUUUAUUUGAGAUGGGACAAUGAGCACAUUUGGUGGGAUCCAGAUGAGUUCUGUGGACUUGAUCAUAUAUUAGUUCCUACCAAGCUUUUGUGGAUGCCGGAUCUAACUAUUGAAGAAAUGACAGAGAAGGACAAAGCCUCUCCAAGUCCUUAUCUCAACAUUAGAAAUUACGGUUGGGUUGAAUUUAGGAAUGACCAGGUUGUGCUAAGCACCUGCAAGAUGCACGUGUACAAAUUCCCCUUUGACAUUCAGAGCUGCAACCUUUCCGUGAAGUCUAUCAUGCACUCUGAUAAAGAAAUUCUGUUAUUCUACCAGGAAAACAGUACUUUGAUCUCAGAGUGGUCUCGUGAGGUGAUGCACACACAGUAUGAGUGGCUGUUCAUCAGCAUGUCAGUCACCAACAAAACUGUUAACCAUUUUGGCUUCAACCAAACUACAAUUAUUUACACUAUUACCAUGAAGAGGAGGUCUGUACUCUACAUCGCCAAUUUCUUGCUGCCAGUCCUCUUCUUCUUGUUUCUGGACUUGGCCUCUUUCCUGAUCGCAGACAGUGGUGGCGAGAAACUUGGCUUUAAGAUCACUGUCCUGCUCGCUGUCACAGUGAUGCAACUUAUUCUCAAUGAGAUUCUGCCCUGCUCUUCAAACAAGGUUCCACUUAUAGCAAUCUACUGUAUUGGAAUUUUUGCUCUCAUGCUGCUCAGCCUACUGGAGACAAUUUUGGUGAUGUAUCUGAUUGAGAAAGACUCAACAGCCCAACACAAUGAGACAAAUGGGGACCAAAGCCUGACUGAGAAAUGUGGGGACAAACAGGGCAAAUCCAACUUUCAGUGCUCUUUUAGAGACAUGACAAAAUUCAUUCACUGUGCAUCUGUCUAUGAUGCAGCUACUGAUGAAGCACCACCUGUGACCAAAGAGGGUAGCACCAACAAACUGAUGGACGUGUCAUUUGAUAUGGAAAAGAUCUCAGAUGAGCUGGAGAAGAUUGAGAAAACGAUGAAUCUGCUCAACAGCAACGGGAGCAAAGAGGAGAAAUCCGGCUACUGGACCAGAAUGGUUAAAGUCAUCAACAGGGUUUUCUUAAUUUGCUAUAUCAUAGCAGUCACUGUAUUUUUAGGAACUAUGUUUUCAUUGUGGAGAACUGCUGAAGACUAGUAUCUCUAAAGUCCAAUAAAAUAACAAUAAUAAUAAUAAUAAUGAUAAUAACAAUAAUAAUAAUAAAUAUUGCCGAUUACAUGUACUUAUGUGUGGUCUGUGUUCACACCCGUAAUUCAUAUCCUUUGGAUUAAACCAAAGAUUAGGCCCGUUAGGUCAAUUUUGUCUCAUCUGAUGCAUCUAAUAUUUACUGACCUGUUAUACAUUACUGUAUGUAUUACACUCUUUUGAUGUGAAAUGCUCAGUUUAUUCUUCAAGUACACAAAGAAUUAUUUAAAGUCUAGUGUUUUGUAAGUGUAGCUGACAAAUCUAGUUAAAAGCUCAUCUGUGGGAAUGUAAAACAAUGUAGCUACUGCUGCUUUAUGUGCACAUUUACAACUGUAUGGUCUUUUAAUGCUUAGUCAUUAUGUCUUUCUGUAACAACCAAAAACCCAACCAGGAGCAUGUAUCAAAGAUGAUCAAAUGAAAAAAAUAAAAUA